AUGAUAAAAGUUCCAUUAGUGCGAUGGGUUCAAAAUAACUUCGUCUAUUCGACUUCUCAACAUAUUAUAUUUAAAUUUCCAAAAUGUACAAUUGCAAAUUUGAAUAAUAUAGUGAAUAAGGCUGAUAAAAACACAACAAAUUGGAAAGAUGAUUUAUAUAGGACUAUGAAAGUUUAUCCCAACUUUAUUACCGAAGAAGAAGAAAUUUCUUUGAUGAAAGAAAUUGACCCAUAUAUGCAACGUUUACGAUACGAGUUUUCGCAUUGGGAUGAUGCUAUUCAUGGUUAUAGAGAAACAGAAAGAAAACAAUGGAAUGAACAAAAUAUGAAAGUAAUUAAUAGAAUACGUCAAAAAGCAUUUCCACCAGGAAUGCCACAAUUAAAUUUAGUGCAUAUUUUAGAUUUAACGGCUGAAGGAUGGAUAAAGCCACAUGUUGAUAGUAUUAGGUUUUGUGGAGAUGUAAUUGCUGGACUGAGUUUAUUGAGUGAUAGUGUGAUGCGCCUUACAAUGGUUAGUCAUGAACAGGAAUAUAGAGAAGAUUUUCUUCUACCUCGUAAAUCUUUAUAUAUUAUGAAUGGUGUGGCAAGGCAAAAAUAUAAUCAUGAAAUUUUAAAAUCGGAGGAAUCCUAUUUCCAAGGACAAAAAAUACCUAGAAGUCGUCGUAUAUCCAUAAUAUGCAGAAGCGAGGUAGAGGGAAAUAAAGAAUAG